GUGGAAUCAACGGGAUUUCCCCGUUUGACAAGUUCGGUUGCACAAUCAACGAAAGAACAGUACGUCAGCUGAGGCACAGGAAGAGGAGCCUACACAUUUCUCUGACUCAAAGAUGGGCCUUUUCUAGAGACAUAUAGAAGCUAGGUAGCAGAAGAGAAAGCUUCAAAUAUGGGGAAAUUCUCCUUCAAAGAACGACAACAGAGAGGGGAAGAUUUCAUUCGGUUUCUCAAAACUGAAAACAUAACCAUUCAUGGCAUGCACAAGAAAGAGGUUCGUAACAUGUACAACACGCGAUACAAAAACUACCUCUCUCAGUUAACACCAGGAGAGCAUAUACCAAGCUUCAGCAGUAUUUUACAACCAUUAUAUAUCACAAAAACUCUCCAUGUUCGAGCUGACAAAUUCUAUAAUGGACCAGCCCCCCAUAGCAGUGGCAAAGACCGCAGUGUUGAUGAUGUUGAUAGUGAUAGUGAUGACAGCAUUGUUUCGCUAGAUGUCAGAGAAGAGGCAUUUUCAAAUCCUGUUCACAAUAUGCACGCAGCCAAUCUUAACUCUGUUCGGGGGAACAUAAGGUUUCAGAGAAAGUUUGCUGUAGACCAACACAGACAUUUCAACAAAGCACCAAUAGCAGAACAAACCAUGUCCAAAAAUGUUCCCAAGGCGGAUUGUUUGCCCGAGUUUGUUCAGAAGAGCGGACAUAUAUUCCGGUGUACACUGUGUGCCGCUCCAUGUACGUCAGAAGCUGAAGUUACCAAGCAUGUAGAUGGUCGCAGGCAUAGAGUCGCAGUCCUCAUGAAUGGUUUGCGGACAAAGAGAGAUGACCUCAUCAAAGACAAGUUUGGAAUCCAGUUAUCAGCGACAGUGACGGGGGAAGGGGAGACAUUUGUGAUUCCGCUAAUGGAGGGUGUGUCGGAGUCUGUGACACUGACUAUCCAUAAUACCAACACUAGACACAGCGUGACGCUGCUCAGUUGUGAACUGCUGAAACGGAUUCGUGUGUUCCAGCUGGAUGAUGCCAAGAAGGUGACGGAAUCCCAGGGCCAUGCCACGAUCCCUCCUGGGGAAUCAUAUCACAUAAAAAUCAAGGUACAAGCUCGUAAUGUCGGGAGCUUCCACUCCCCCCUGGCGCUGCUGUUCUGCUUGAGCCAUGACAGUCAUGUGAUGUUCCACAUUGUGCGGUAUCUCCACGCCAAGUGCCGGAAUGACAUCAUCGAGCAGAUGAAACCAACACAGGGAACAAAGAUGGACAAGAGACCGAAGACAAGGAAGCACGCUCGGGUUUCUAAAGUUGUGGAUGGCCUGCCACUGCCCAGGGUGGGGAAUGACCGUCUCGAGGUUAAGAUACCACUUGGUCUCUACCGAAUUCCUGACAGUCUGAGAAGAAUCAUCAACAACGGCCUCACGGACAAACAGGGUCUGAAAACAUUCGAAGUGAUAGAGAUGACGACCCUCAAGACGAUGCUGGAUCAGUCGAUGAUGAUGUCGGAGUAUGCCCGCCGACUGACAACACUGAUGUAUUUUGAAGAGAUUCAGAUGGAGGUGGACAUUCGACAGUACGACAUCCCAGACUCAUCUAUGACCAAAUAUUCUAAUAACCCUCGCCUGCUCUUGCUCAAGGUGCCGGGUCUAGCCGAGAACCGCCCAUCCGUCCUGAAGGGGGACUGUCUGUACGUGCGGAUACUGGACAGUGAGGGCGUGGCCGGAGACCAUGAGUACCAGGGGUAUGUCCAUGAAGUGUUGCAGAACGAGGUCGCACUGGGAUUCAGUGACAGUUUGAUGAAAUUCUUUGUUCCCAACAUGAAGUUCAGCGUGCGGUUUGUGUUCAACCGGCUGCCCCUGCGUCUGCAGCACCGAGCCUGUGAGUUGGCGGAGGAGCUAAGUCUGGACAACCUGCUCUUCCCCAAGUCCGACCUCAUCGGAAGUCUGGGCUUGAUGCGGCCCCUGGACAAAGACUUCAAGUUCUUUGCCCAUAACCCGUCCCUCAACCUGCAGCAGCAGAUGGCAGUGAAGCACAUCGUGGCGGGGUCAUCCCGACCUGCCCCCUACCUGGUGUUUGGACCCCCGGGGACAGGCAAAACAUUCACCAUUGUGGAGGCAAUGAAACAGAUAUGGAAACACAUCACAUCAUCCCACAUCCUGGCGUGUGCCCCCUCCAAUAGUGCCGCCGACCUCAUCACCGAGCGCCUCUUAGAUCAUGUGUCCAAGUCGGAAAUACUCCGAGUUAAUGCAACCAACCGUGCCUGGGUCACGAUCCCGGAGAAAAUCAGGGAUGUGUGCAACUACGACCGCCAGACUGGACACUACUACUACCCCAAGAAGGAGGAUCUCAUGUCCUGCAGGAUCAUUGUGUCCACGCUGGUCACUGCCGGCAGACUGUCGUCGGCCAAUUUCCCUGCGGACCACUUCACCCAUGUCUUCAUCGACGAGGCCGGUUAUGCCGUGGAGCCUGAGUGUGUCAUCGCCAUUGCCGGGAUCCUUGACUGUAACCCCCUUGUCAGGAACGGAGGUCAGCUGGUGCUGGCAGGAGAUCCCAAACAGCUGGGACCAAUUCUGAGGUCGCCAUUUGCCAUGCAGUAUGGUCUAGAUAUGUCCUUGCUUGAACGCUACAUGACACAACACCCAAUCUACGCCAGACGAGAGGAUGCCAGGACGCCAGAAGAUGCAUACGACAAACGGGUCCUAACGAAACUGCUCAACAACUACAGGUCUCACAAGGCUAUCCUGCAGAUGCCCAAUGAGAUGUUCUAUGACAGCGAGCUGCGGGUGCACGCGCCCGAGAUCAGGGAUCUGAUGUGUGAUUGGGAAGAGCUACCAAUCGCCAACUACCCUGUCAUAUUCCACGCCGUGAUGGGCGAGGACAUGCGGGAGGAACGCAGUCCGUCAUUCUUCAACCCGGAGGAAGCUGUGACGGUCAUCAACUACGUCAAACAGAUCCUCAGCACCAGGAUCAGAGGAAAACAGAUCAAGGGGGAGGAGAUAGGGAUUAUCUCCCCUUACAGGAAGCAGGUCCAGAAGAUACGUCAGCAGCUCCAGAAGCACCGGGUGGACACCCAGAAGCUGAAGGUGGGGUCGGUGGAGGAGUUCCAGGGAGCCGAGCGACUCAUCAUCAUCGUCUCCACCGUCCGCAGCAAUCCCAAAUACCUCUCACAAGAUGUCAAGUUCAACCUUGGCUUUCUCAAGAAUCCAAAGAGAUUUAAUGUGACUGUGACAAGACCAAAGGCAUUGUUGAUCGUCAUCGGGAACCCUCACACCCUCCUGAUGGACGAACACUGGGGAAGGUUUAUCCGGAACUGCAAAAACUGUGGAGCCGUUGCCGGAGAGGACUUUUCCACAGAAACAGAACAGGAGUUGGAUGAUGUCAUGCAGAGACUUGCUGCUGUCAACUUGGAUGUCAUAGAUUCCAACCCUGAUUCGGAAGAAGGACUGGUUGUCAACUUUGAACAGCCAUGGAGGAAAGACAUCUGAUGGAACCAGAAGAGCCAAUCUCAAUGCUAGCCUGUCCAUUCCAGCCAAUCAGAUUGCAGCAUCAGUAUUUAUGAGUCAUAUGCAGACCUGUUUGCUCCUAACUUGCCAUACCAGUUUCACUAAGAAUCUGUCCGUAGUUUUAUUUGUCAGUAGCCUUUCCUACCAGUGUGCGAGCGGGCGAUGUCGACCUCAUACAUGUUACAAUGAACGAAUGAAUGAAUCGCCGUGAUGAUUUAACAUGUAGUUUUACAGCAUAGCCUCAGUUGAAAUCAACAGACCAAGGUCACAGCUUUGAUUUUUAUUACCCCUAAUGCAACAGGUUUAUUUCCGUCGCGCACACAUGGUUCAAAGAUGCCGGAGCCCAUGGUAAAACUGAUACCAGUUUGAAUUUUUUUUUAUAAAAUUUUGUAUGCGUUUUAGCACACAUCUACUGUAUUUCAUUCUAAUUUGGAAGUAAUAUUAUUUCAUCAGUUAGGAACGUAAAAUCCUAAAUGUUUUCACCUGUAUUCGAUGGCUGUGGGGGUUUUCAAAAUCAGCAGGAACUAUAAAGAAGUAGUAGGAGUGAACAUGUCUGCAUAUGUUCCGAUAAGCCAGGAUAUGACUGAGAGAUUGACACAUUCCUUUACUGUGGCAGCUACAAGAAGGCUGAAUGUAGUUUGGUUUUCUUCACAAUUCAUCAUACUGCCAUUGUUGUAAUCAGGGCAAGGGUCAAAUAAGGCUGCUGUGGUGAGCAAAAGGAAUGUUUUUUUAUAUUGAGAACAUUGAUCUUGUAUGAAAGGCCACACACCAUUACCUCCCUGGGGAACUAAAUUUAGUGAAAUCUUAAGAUCAUAAUGAAAUAAUUAUUAGAUUUUUAUCCAAAUUUGAAAAAAAUUGUCAGGAGGCUUUUUAUUUUAAUUUUUUCCAACAAGUUGGUUGACUGUCCUGUGUACAUGAAGCAUUAUUGAUUAGUUGUGCUAUGUACAUGGUAUGUUUUCAUCUGUUUCAUCAAGGGAUGAAGAAAGCAACACAGAGAUUUUCUUCUGUUUGUAAGUACCUGGGAGCAAUAUAUUGAUGUAAUGUGAGGUGUAUGGUACUGAGACAGGCAGGGAUGAAAAUCCAUUAAUUAACAUAUUUUGACCUAAGGCAUGUUCGUGGUUGAUAUGUUGAAUAUGAUCUUGGGAAAUCAGUAAGACUCACAAACGUCGGCUGAAGGAGAAUGGUUGUUUGUACUUAUUACGUUUCCGAACUUAGUCGUCAUCUCUCUCCUUCCUUCGACAAACAUUAACUGUUUUGUUGUGGCCUUAGUCAGUGGAAUUGCAACAGUUCCAUUUAGUAAAAGGAAAUCUACAGUUAAUGGUGUGUCUGACGUUUUUCAUCGUACCACAUGCCCUGGGGGUGUAUGGAUUGCAACAGAUCGGAGACAUUGCUGGUUACAUGAAGGAAUUUUAUCAUCAAUGAAUGAAUGUGAUAUCUGUAGUAUUGUUAUAAUGCAGUCUUUUAGUCUAUGAUUUUAGCCUUCAUUUACAAUGCAUAAAACCUGUUUUUCAUUAAGUUUUAAUCUGCUUUUCCAUACAAAUAGCUUUUACAUAUUAUUUUUAUCAGUAUAAUAGAUAUAUCUGCAGUGUGAUAGAGACGCACUACUCCAAUGCUUGCUUUGCUAUGAUGAAAGCACAGACACUAAUAUUUUCUGUUCUUGUAGAUGGCAAUGAAGGAAAGAAUAUUUUGUGAGAACAUAUUGAUGCUUGAAGUCCCAUCUUAAUCUGAACCUCGGUCAGAAUAAUUAAUAUUCACAUUAAAUGGAGUAGAUGUGUUCAUUUAAAUCUUAUUAUAUCGGUUUGAAAACUGAGGCAGUUUAAUCAUUGAUAUUGUCGACUAUACUACAAUAAGAAUAACACAGUAGUAGUAUAAAUUAUGGAAAUUAAUAACGAAUAGCACUAUGAAAUCUUUCUCUUGAUAGUAAGUACUGGACAGGAAGUAAAAACUCUACCGUAUUUGCCAUAUUAAGCGCCCUGCUCUAGUAAGGGACCCUGAUCAAGUUUUAGACCAAAUCUUUUUAGCGCCCCCUUCUGGUACCAAAAUGUACAAAACACUCCAUGUUGACUUGUGUAAACGACAGACGUUUACAUUAAGCAGCAGUGCAGGAGGGGUAUGUAACAACUAUCAGUUGUAGUUUCAUCGAUAUUUGAACUCCCCCCGGUAAGCUUCUUCACUUAACUUGUGUGUGGUUUCAAUACGUGACCCCAUUUGUCUAAUUUCUCCAAGAGCACUUAUUACGGUGAACAUGGUUAUAUAUACACAAGUUGUAUUGAAGAAAAAAGAUAUUGAUGUAAAAAAUGGUUAUGAUUGCUAUGAAUAUCGUGUUCCUACACAAAAACUAGGUCUUAAAGAAAUUUCUUUGAAAUGUAAUAAUUGAUGUGUGCAAGAAUGUUGAAAAUUGAUUUAAAUGGACUAAAUAUGUUUAACAAUUUAACAAUUCAUAUUGAGUAUUUAUAUGGAUGAUUCCAAUACUGAAAUAGAGAGAUUCAAAAUUUGGUCUUGUCAUGUUCGUACUGCCAGAAUUCUUCCCUUGCACUAUUUACCACAUCAGCAUGAUUAAGUUCAUUAGAAUCUGGGUUUUUUUAAUUUUCAGUUGUUGCUUGCAAUACCUAGUUUUCUUGUUGUAGAAAGGUUGUGAGAGAAUAGGGAGUCAGGAUCGAUGUGUUCAUGUGUUCAUGUUCAUUCCAUGAUGUGUUCUGUUUUUGAGUGUAGAGUGAAUAUCAUACAAGCAACUCGUAAUGGAAAGUGCAGAUGUUCACAAUUUUCAUACAAUUACCAUAUUUUACAUCUGUUUGUUGAUGUGUAUUGCAAAUGUUUUUGUUUGAUGGAAUACAACAUUAAAUUCUUUUUAAUCUUUGAAA